AUGGUUAAGGCCAACGACAAGAAAAAACGAGCGUAUGACGUCAUCGAAGUAGCGGCCACAAGCUACGAAGACAAGGGCAGUGACACGGACAGUCUCGGACACGACGGCAACGGUGAAGACGAACAAGCACCGUACUCCGAACUGGUCACUGUGGACCCAGAGACAGGUCUUGCCGAAUGGGACACGGCAGGAGAAUACGUACCACCAAUUUCGAUUCUCCCAGCCUUGAGUCAGUGGGGUUUUACAGUCACGCAGAGGCGGGAUGGAUCGUGGACAACCGACACCCAAGGAAUCGAAAGACCCGGACCCAAUGCUCUAUUCCUCCAGGAACGAAUCGAAUGCUAUGCCGAGCAUCUUGACGAUCAGCAACUCAGCAACGACGUGCGGAACCCAGAAUACCAGUUCAUGCGCGCGAACCACGGAAAAGAUGAGCCACUGGAGUACCUACGGUCCACGUACAGUGGGAAGGAUUCAGGAAAGAAUUCCAAUACCUCCCAGGCGACGCCACGCGGCUGUACCCUCGACACGAGGCACAUGCGCAAGUGCCCUGGUUCCAGUGUAUGGCACACGAAUGCCGAUACCACUUCCGCGACAAAUUCGAAAACAAUCACUGGCCGACCCGACAAGAAAAUGAGGACGGAAGCUUACGCCCUGUGGAAUGGGUCUACGAUGCAGGAAACAGAGCGGCCGAAUUGCUCUAGAAGAUCGAAGCCCGCGAUCUAG